GCUGAUCUGGGCACCGUGGCGGGCAGCUCGAGCAAUCCCGGCUGGUGGCAAGUCAACUGGUAUAACGGUCAUGCCGGUUCCUACCGCAUGGGGGCGGACAAAAAGUACGACCUGUUUCCGGCAGACCUAGGCUGCCGUCCAGAAGCAAGUCAACUCGAACUUGAACCGUCUGAUGUCUGCUGCACCGCAGCUUGCACACACAUCAUCAUUUCUGGCUCCACCACCGCACAAACUGAUCGGAUGACCCACUACACGCUGACUCACCAGGUGUACAGUGGACGUCCCGUAUACACCAGCGACUCGAGAUCUGACUUUCUGUACUACCAUGGUGACUUCAACAUGUGGAUGGUCGGACCCUAUGUGGGGAGCGCCACUACCGGGAUGUAUGUGAGUGACAGAGCCAUGAGUCCGGAUCAAAUCCGAGGCAUAUGGCGACUCGCAGUGGGCAGUGUGGCUACUUUCUUCCCCUCUGUAAAAGCAUCAUGUGCAGAGUGUCGUCAAAUCACUAUCUCUGGAUCCAGCCACUCUCAAGAGGCCGCCAUGACCACCUACAGUCUGACUGACGCCAUCAGUGAUGACCGCCCCGUGUACUCUAGUGACACGUCACCAGACUUUCUCUACUUCUACGAACCCUUCGAUGAGUGGAUGGUUGGCCCUACUGUUGGGAGCGGUUUCCGUGGUCUAACGACAGACGACAUCCACCUCUACCCUGAACAGAUCGAGGCUGUGUGGAAACUGUGGGACGGGAGUGCGUGGGUGCCAUUUCCCAGAGUUCUAGCAGAAUGCACCGAUAUCGAUGACUGCGCCUCCACUCCUUGUCUGAAUGGCGGAGUUUGCACCGACCAGCACAACUCCUACUCGUGCUCAUGUGCGGCUGGAUGGCAAGGAGACAACUGUGAAAUAAGUAUAUCUUUACAGGUCAACUGUGCUUCGACUCCUUGCCAACAUGGCGGGGUUUGCACGGACGUGGCCGAUUCGUACACCUGCACAUGCACCGCUGGAUGGGAAGGGAACGAGUGUGAAGUGGAUAAGAAUGAGUGUGACACAGUCAUCUGCAACUCCGGCUAUGAGUGCGUGAAUCAUCCUGGUUACUACGUCUGUCUUCCAUAUGGUUUCAACGGAACAGCGUCCACUUCUGACGAGUGCGGGAUCCCCUCGAUUCCGCCCGCUGCCACUGGGAAGAUCCAUGGAGGUGUCGAGUCGACUGCCUUCUCCUGGCCUUGGCAGGUCAGCCUUCGUCUGGUCAACGCUGGCGGGAUCCACGUCUGUGGCGGCUCGCUCAUCUCCGACCAGUGGGUCCUUACAGCAGCACACUGUUUGGACGAAGGGAAUGAGCACACAACCCACUGGAAAGUCAAGCUCGGGCUCCACGAUGUGGACGGUACGGCUGAACAGCAGAGACAAGUCAUCAAGCUCAUCAUGCACGAGCAGUUCUCUGCCGUCCCUCACACGUACAACGACGUCGCCCUGCUGAAACUGGACCAUCCCGUGACCAUCACACAGAAGGUCAGCCCUAUCUGCUUGCCGACCGGCCCGACGCCAAUCAAUACUGAUUGCUACAUAACCGGCUGGGGUGCCACUGCGCUCGAUUCACAAGGUGACAACAUAAUGGCGACAACAUUGCAGCAAACCCGAGUAUCGAUCAAGGACGACAGCUACUGUUCCGCUCAUUGGAUAAUCAGCUAUUACCCAGAGAGCAUGCUCUGUGCCGAACAAGCGGGAGUAAGUGGUUGUGAGGGAGAUUCUGGAGGCCCUAUGGCCUGUCCAUCUGCUGACCUGUCCACCUGGGAACUGACCGGUAUAAUCAGUUGGGGUGAGAAUCCGUGUGGCGCCCACGUCAAACCGGGGAUCUUCACCAGGGUACACAGCUUCGUGGGCUGGAUCAACGACAAAAUGGCCACCAACUGAUCUAGCUGUUAACACUUAACGCAAGUUCACCUUUGUCCGCGGGGUAACCUAUAUCCAUUGUUUUAAAAAAACAGGGUGUGUAGGUGGGUGGUAGUUGUUAACAGCAAUAUACUGAAAAUAUUGCAAUUGGAAACCAACGUCCGUCAACGUGACAUCAAAAGCAACGGAUAUAGGUUACCCAACGGAUAAAGAUGAACUUGCAUUACCAUCCUCUGUUGAGUUCGUGAAUAAAAAGAAAGGAAAAACA